CGUUGAGGGAAGAUUGGAAGCUUUUCUUUACGGGCAAGCUCACACAUAAAAUAAACUAUUGAGAUUUAGGCUAUUUCCAGAGGUUCAAUCCCCCUUCCCUACGUUAUGGCUUCCAGUUCUAACAUGGACAUAGAAGGAGCGACCCAGCACCUUAGGGACAUCUUAAAAUUGGAUCUUCCCGCUAAUUCGGCCGAGCCCUCUCUGGUUAUAUGCCAGAGGAAAACAUCUUUCAAUGGAGAGUUGAAUGGAGUUUUUGGAACUGAGCAUAUUGGAACAAGUGGACACACAGCACUGGGGGAGCAGCCGACACACAACUCAGACAAGCUCAAUGGACAGGACACACAGACCAUUUGCCUUUCCGGAGAUGAUGCGUCCACCUGUGUCUCCAUCAGAGCAAACAAUGUGGAAAUUGUGUCCAGUCAUGAUUCCAGUAUUGACAGUAAGGCACGUGGUAGCAACAAGGUUAAAAUUCAGCCAGUGGCCAAAUAUGACUGGGAGCACAAGUACUACUAUGGCAAUUUAAUAGCUGUGUCCAAUUCAUACUUGGCUUAUGCCAUCAGAGGCGCCAACAACCAUUCUAUGAUCCGUGUGCUGCGGCUGGGUUCCACUGAACGCUUAUUGCUCAAAGGCUUUACUGGGGCAGUCACAGACCUUGCCUUCGCCCACCUGGAUUCUAACCUGUUGGGCUGCGUGGAUGAGGCUGGAAACAUGUUCAUUUGGCAGCUCACGAUGCACAACAGCAAAAUAGAAGAUGAAGUGAUAGUUCACAUCCGAAGGCCUGAGGACACUCCACUGAACUCCAACCGCAGACUGAUCUGGUGUCCCUUCAUCCCAGAGGACAACGAUGAGAACCCAGAGGACACGUGUCAGACACUAGCACUGCUUCAUGAAGACAGAGCAGAGGUUUGGGAUCUUGAAAUCCUCAGAUCCAAUAACAGCUCGUGGCCUGUGGAUGCCACAGACCUGAAAGAGGGUUUCAUCACCAUCAGAGGACACGCAGCACGCAUUAGCGAGGGAGCGUUGUCCCCUGACGGCACCGUCCUGGCCACAGCGAGUCAUGAUGGAUAUGUAAAGUUUUGGCAGAUCUACAUUGAGGGACAGAACCAACCCAGAUGCCUGCAUGAAUGGCAACCACAUAAUGGACGGCCUCUUUCCUGCCUUCUAUUUUGUGACAACCACAAGAAACAAGACCCAGACAUUCCAUUCUGGCGCUUCCUCAUUACUGGAGCUGAUCAGAAUCAGGAGCUGAAGAUGUGGUGCACAGUUUCAUGGACCUGCUUGCAAACCAUCAGGUUUUCUCCAGAUCCAUUCAACAGUGGUGUGCUACCCAGCCUUAAGGCCAGUUUGGACCUGUCUGCAGAGCUUCUCAUUCUCAGUGAUGUGCAGAGGAAGGUGUUGUACGUAAUGGAGCUGCUACAGGAUCAGGAAAAAGGUCGUGCAAGCUUCACUGCGGUUUCCGAGUUUCUGCUUACACACCCGGUGCUUAGCUUUGGCGUGCAGGAUGUCACCCGCACACGACUGCGCCACACUGAGGUUCUUCCUCCGGAUGAGGAAAGUGAAAGCAUGACGACAGAAGGAAGCCAAGGACCUUCAGAGUCCAAAUCUGGAAUCCAGAUUAAACUCUACUGUGUGCACACAAAAUCACUACAGGACGUCCAGAUCUGGUUCCAGCCUAACCAGGAAGCAUCAUCAUCCCUCUACAUGCCUGAACCUCAGGAUGGCUUUGGUUUCUCCGACCCCAUGGCAGAUCUGAAUGUGGAGGCCAUGAGCUCUGAUAAGGAGUCUGGUGAUAGUGGAUCACAGAAUGACUUGACUAAGAUUCUGCCUCUCCCAACUCCAGCUGACUUCAUGAGUCCGGCCCCAUCAGCCAUGCCCAAACUCAUGACCCCGGACGCCUUCAUGACCCCCAGCACCUCAAUGCCCACCUCUCCUGGUAGCAGCGCCAGCAGCCUAACUAUAGUUUCAGCCAUGAGCAGUUCAGAUAGCGGGCCAAGGGGUGGAGAUGAUCUGACUCAGAGUCCCAAAAUGUCUGUGGAAUGUGGCAGCAUCUUGACUCUCAACACCAGUGCAAGUAGCCCAAGAUCUAAUUCCAUCCUCAUCUCAGGCCUCGCAGACAACAUCCAGAGCAUCUCUCCCCCACUGGUUCUCUCUCCAUCCUUUCUUCGAGAGGCAUCUCUUCUAUGCGAAGCCGCUCCUUAUUCUCACAUACUUCCCCUCCCUUAUUUCCCCUCCCCUCCACAGGUUUCUCAUCCAAAUCCCCCCUCCUUGGACCUUCAGGGUAUAGAUCCCAUGGUGGUGCCCCAGGCCUCUCCGACCAGAGCUCGGUCUCCAGACGUCAUCUCUUCGGCCUCUACGGCCAUGUCCCAGGACAUCCCCGAGAUUGCCUCCGAGACCCUGCAGAGAGGUCUGGCCGGGGCUUCCGUUGACCCGCUCGACUCCAUUCCCUCCCUGCAUUCAGACAGCAUGGCCUCGGCUGCAUCCGUCCUCCACUUGCUGUCUCCGAGAGCCCGUAGCGGCGCUGACCAUGGUCCACUAGAGCGGGGUGCAGCUGCCAUGGAUGGAGAGCAAAGACUCAACAACACUCCUUCGCUGUUGGAGACCGCCCUGUCGCAGGAGAACGCAGCGGCGGCAGCUGCUGUCGCAGGAUCCUGUUUGGACAGCAUUGUGAACCACUCGUGGCCUGCUGCACCAGAUAUCACACGAGAGACUCGUAACAGCCUGAGAGACAACGGGCUGGGAGACUGCUCCAGGGAGGAGAUAAAGGACAGACAUAUUUCUUCGCCCUAUCACAGACACACUUAUCACCUGACACAGAACGACAGUCAAGAUGCAAGUGCAGAACAGAGCGAUCACGAUGAUGAGGUCGCCAGUCUAGCCUCAUCCUCUGGCAACUGUGGCACCCGGGCCUCUCACAGACUUCCAGUCAAGGAAUGGAAGACAUCACCUCGCAGUUCGCCUAAACUCAAGAGGAAGAGCAAGAAAGAUGAGGGCGAAUCCUCGCAGUCGAGACAGAUUGACAGCCAGAUGAGCGUGGAGGUGCAGGACGAACUAUUGCAGAUGCUGAGGAACCAGCAGAGGGAUAUUGCGGAGCUCAGACGGAACCAGCUUGAUCUGCUGCAGAGGGUCACCGGUCACAUGGAUGCUGUACAGAGCUCAAUAAUGGCUCACAUCGAGCAUGCCAUGCUGGCGCAACAGGACCAAGAACGUAUCCUGACACUAGGGGAAAACUCGCCGCCAGCUGGUGAAAUAGAGAAAAGAAUGGAACGUCUGACCAACCGGCUGGACAAAGUUGUGCGGGAAGAAAUGAAGAAGACCAUCCCACUGACCAUAUCGAAGACUCUUGAACCCGUGACUGGUCAGUUAAACAGCACCAUUGCUGCCAAAUUAACUGCAGUCGAAGGAGCAUUGAAAGAAAAUGUCACCAAAGUUGUCAAGUCCAAGAACACUACAGAUGCUCUUGGCCGUGCAGCCGCUGAGGCCAUGCAGGGCCCUAUCCAGGCAGCCUACAAAGAGACCUUCCUAAGCAUCGUCCUGCCUGUGUUUGAGAGAGGCUGUCAGUCCAUGUUUCAGCAAAUUAACGACAGCUUCAAACAGGGAACCAAUGACUACAUCCAGCAGCUGGAAACCCACAUCAAAAACAGGAAGCAACGGGAUCCUGUGAUUGGGCAGCUGCAGCAGAUGAUUGACACACUCCAAAAUUCCCAAGACAAGCUGGCCAACACUGUGACGGCCAGCGUGUGCUCUGACGUUCAGCGUCAGCUCCACAUGACCGUGGGAAAUCUGCAGGACUCCAUCUUGACUCAGGUGCAGCGCAUAGUGAAAGGUGAGGUGAGCCAGGCCAUGAAGGAACAGCAGGCAGCAGUCACCUCCAGCAUCAUGCAGGCCAUGCGCUCGGCUGCAGGAACGCCCGUACCCACUGCGCACAUGGACUACCAGGCCCAGCAGGCCAGCAUUCUCCAGUUAUUGCAACAGGGCCAACUCAAUGAAGCUUUCCAACAGGCUUUGUCAGCAGCAGACCUCAAUCUGGUGCUGUAUGUGUGCGACACCGUCGACUCUCAGCAGGUGUUCGGCCAGCAGCCCUGUCCGCUCCAUCAGGCUGUCCUCCUGUCCCUCAUCCAGCAGCUCUCCACUAACCUGGGCACGCGCACGGAGCUUAAAAUCAGCUAUCUGGAGGAUGCCGUGAUGAACCUGGACCAUGGGGAUCCAGUCACUAGAGACCACAUGUCUGCAGUGCUGUCCCAGGUACGACAGAAGCUCUUCCAGUUCCUGCAGCAGGACCCCAACUGUCCCCUGAGCAAGCGCGCUCGUCGCCUCAUGAUGAUGCUUCAGGGUCUGGUCAAUCAAUAGAGAUCAGUGCUGAACCGACUUUUUCCGGAUGGUGCAGCUGAAAUCUCCACAACCCCUCAGUCACUGUUCUGCAGUCUCAUUGACUCUCAUUAUGACCUCACACCCCACACAGCUGUUCACUUGCUUUUCUGUGCUCUGCCGCUCAUUGGCUCUCUCAGAAGCUCUGUUGGGACUUGUAGUCCAGACUCGGACUUAAAUGUGAUAUAUAUAUAUAUUUAUGUUGGUUUUGACUACAUCUCCCCAUCCCGGCCCACUUUUUUUCUGACAGAUGAAUCAUCAUUUAUCCCUAAAAACAUCAGGAGCAAGUAUGACAAAACUGAAUGUGAAUUCUCAAAGUUUGGUUAUAUAGAUGAUCUCAUCGUCUGGUCUUUUCUGCCCUUCUGUUUAUUGUGCUGAAUUGCCAUUGGAUGCUUCAAACAGACAUUAUCAUCACCUUGUGAGCAUUAACCCUUGUUCUUUAUGGCUUGAGGUUAUAUAUAGGCUAUUCACCCAGCCAAUUUUCUCAAAGAAAUGUAAUCGUUUGGCAAACUGGAGCAUAUGAAGUGCUCCUUACAUUUUUGUUGAGAUUUUCUUUUUUUCAUAGUUUGAGAUUGUAAUGCUGCUGGGACAUGAUACACAAGUUCAAAGUCAGAUUUUUGUUCUUCUCAUUUCAGCUUCUGGAUUGUUGUUCAAUAAACUGUUUUUCAGUCAACUGUUAAAUAUUUUGAAGAACUUGAAAUGAGAGGAAUGCUCACGUAAUUAUUUAGCAUUUCUUUAAAAGAAGCUUCAGAUUGUCUGUUUGCAUCUUGCAGUACAUCCACAAGUCUCCAGAGGGCAGGCAUUUAUGUAUCUUUCUAAUUUUAUAUGCUGCUGCUGCUGUGAUGUUCAGUUUGUGAAAUUACACUAAGGCGAAUGCAACACGGAUUUCUUUUUAUAAAGAAAUAUGUUUUCCUUUCUCGGUUCCCCCAAAAUAUGAUCUGGUCUUUUUGAGUUUAGAAGAGAGCUGUAUUUCCCAGAGAGAUAUUAUUUGAUCACGCCCUCACAUAGCAAACGAACAAAAAAGUGCCUUAUCAGACUAUUGUGUAUCAGAUAUUGGUAAUCUGUCCCAGAUUGGCUGCAAUCACAUUGGUGUGUGCUAAAUCUUUCAAUUAACAUUUCCUUUCACUAAAAUCAAAGUAAAAAAGUUAGGAAUGGACAUGUCUGUUACAUAAUCAUUUGCUAAAAGCGCUGUGAACCUAAAGUGGUCCGUGUUAUUUUUCAGCCUUUUAUUCAAGGUUCAAGGCGAUAUGUAGGCCCUGUUGAUUGUGUUUGUGCGAACACAUUAUUAGUUCUUGUCUUUAUAUUUAGAGCUCUGUACAAAUAUCCAUAGCCAUUCGGAGGCGCAUUAGGACAUUUUUACAGGGUGUCAGCUUUCUUUAUUCUCAAUUGUAAGAAAUGCUUUGUAACAGACAUGAGCCUGCUGUGUAAUUAAUGGUAAUUCUAAGGCACUAAUAAGGAUAUAUUAAACUCAGCAUGCUUGCAUGCUACUGGUGAAAGCCAUGUAUUCAAACUUAGUUAAUACUUUUUUUACAAACUCGACACCCCACUGUUUGUUGAAAUUCAGACCUCAGUGCUCUGUAAACCUGCUUUAUAGUUUUUUUAUGCUAUGGUGUCCCACAAAGAUGACCCAUGAUUGAUUAGGUUGUUUUAUGUUAUUUCAGGUGAAAUGUUAACAUCCUCUUGCACAUGUGAACAGCUCUAAUAUGGGUAAUGUUUUAAGGAUUUAAUUGCAGUGCAAGGUAAAUUGUUAUUGAUGCUGUUUUAGACGCGUCUGAAGUUCUUAGGGUUACUGUUCUAAUACUCGCCUUGAAUGUCUGAGGCUUACAUACAACGCAACCUUUUUCCCUUCGAGGCGUUUGUAUUUCAGAUUGUUUGUCAUUUCCCAUUGUGUUUAAAUUUUUGGUCCUCAUGCUGGCAAAAUAUGUUGUAUAUUUUACAUGUUUCUUUCAUCAUAGACGUUUUGGAAUAAAAAGGAAAACAUUGUUUAAUGUUCA